GCCAUCCCGUACCGCGGAGCGCCAUGGGAUGUGAACCAAAACCAACCAGCGUAUUCGGGUUUUUUUCUUUCUUUUUUUAAAUAGCAUCGUCGCUUCGCAUGAUAGAAUUUGCAGAUCACAAUUCUUUCAAUCGAAUAACCAUUGACAAGAUCAGACCACAACUUCAUCAUCACUUUCGCAUUCUACAGCCCAGCAGCAACAAUGUCUGUGUCUCCAGCAAAGGACGCUCCGAGAAUUGAGGGAACUGUUGAAAUCAACAAUGAAGUUCCAAUUCCGGACAACAUCACCACCCGCUGGGUUGCUGUGAGCUCAGCUACCGCGAAGAGGGCCAUUUAUGGUGCCCACCCUGUUAAAGGCCUGUAUUGGACGAAGAAGGAUGUUGACCCUUCUGUCGUCUUCAUGGCAACCCAUUACACGGCCGACUUCUCCGAACACUAUUUCGCAAUCCCAAUGGCCCUGCGCGGCUAUGGUUUCCUCGGCUGGAACACUAGGUUCAGCUCGGCCGAGGAUAAAUUCGUCCUUAGUGACGCCUUGGAUGACAUGGCAGCUGGGACAGCAUGGCUCGAGAAGAACACCAACGUCAAGAAAAUCAUCUUCAUCGGCAACUCUGGCGGCGGGUCGUUGAUGGCUGCCUUCGCAGCCAAGGUGGAGUCAGACAAAAGCUUCGCCGUCCGCGGCCCUGAUGGUUUCGUCAUCCUCAAUUCUCAUCCAGGCCGCGCAGAUGUAAUGACAACUUGGCUUGACCCGUCCGUGGUGGACGACAAUGACCCGACGAACACGGAUCCUUCUCUGGACAUGUACAAUCCUGUCAAUGGGCCUCCCUACUCGCCAGAGUUCCAGGCCCGUUACAGAGCGGCCCAAAUACAGCGCAACCACCGCAUCACGCGUUGGGCCAAGGACGAGCUGAAGCGCCUCAAUCAGGCCGGCACACCAGACAGGAUUUUCAAUCUCUUCCGCAACUUUGCCGACUUGAGAUUCUUGGAUGGGAACAUCGACCCCUCCGAGCGUGAGAUAGGAAAAUGCUUUUAUGGCGACCCCAAGAACGCCAACCGCGGUGUUCCACUGAUCGCGCGUUCGUCAACCAUUCGCACCUGGCUGGAAAUGUGGAGUCUGGAGGACUCUCCGAGCAGAUUUGUCAAGACCGCCCCAAACUUCAAGAUUCCAGUUCUUGUCCUCCAGACUACGGGCGAUAUUAGCGUCUUCCCGUCUGAUGCCCGAAAGCUGCACGAGCUAGUGGCGUCCAAGGAUAAGGAGCUGCAAUUCAUCCCUGGCGCCCACUUCUUUGAAGAGAGCCAAGAGGAGCUUGAUGGAGGUGCUGACGCGAUUCAAACCUGGACUGACAAGAGGUUCCAUUGAGGCAGCAAGUUAGCUUAGUCUUUGCAGCAUAAAACUCCGUAUCCCUAAGUAAAAGUCAAUACAAUACUGC